AAGACGUCGACGCCGACGAUGAGGCAGCCGAUGCCGACGCGCUGGCGCCCGAAGCAGAGGCCACUGCACUCGUGGUUGCUGAUGCCCAGGAACCCGAUCGCCCGAAGACGAAGCAGCCGCCGCGCCGCCCGAGAUCGCCCAGCGCUGCCGCACGUCAAGAUCGCCGCCCCAGCGGCAGCACCGAUCCUCAACUUUGCGCCGGCCGGCACGCUCGUACACUUCCUCGGCAUCUACGUGGGCAACCGCGUUGAUCCCGCGUACCAAGUGCAGCUUAUCUCCGACCGAUACGACGUGAGCUUCCAGCACUGGGGCUACCGGGCGCGAACGCUGAAAGGCCGGCGCCUCUUAGCCUCCUCCGUCAUGGUCUCGCUCCUCUGGCACGUCACGGCCGUGGUCGUGAUCCCACCCAAGACCGUCACGGCGUGGCAACAGAUGCUGACACGCUACGUGCUGGGCCGCAAGCGCGACCCGACGGAGCCGUACCAAUCGCUGCUUCACGCGUCGUGGAACCACCACAUCGGGCUCGGUGCCGGGAUACCGCACAUUGCGUCGGCCAUCCGCACCCAGCGCCUCCUCACGCUCCAACGUCUGAUGCUGCCGGAAGAAGUCCGACCGCUUUGGGCGCCGCUGGUCCUCGCACAGUUUGAAGAGUGCAUGGGCCACCUGUACCGUGAGUCGCACCCGUUCGACUUUUUGUGCUACGUGCCGCAUUGGGGCACCAAGUGGAUCACGACGUCGAAGCUGCACCCGUUCUGGUUUGACGUCUGGCGCCAGUGGUCCAAGACGGCGUGGGCCAAGCGCGUCGCGGUGCCACCUACAUACGACAUGGUCACCAACAUGCCCGUGUGGCUCACGACGUAUGAGCCCAUGGCCAUCGACACGAUUCGCCACGCCGCCAAGUGUGACAAGCACGCGCAGGGUCGAGCCUGGUGUUUGCACGGUGCCGGCAACGGGUUCCGGGCGCUCCGCGACUUUAUGACGCCGAGUGGUCACUGGUUCACGUGGACAGAACUCGCAGCGCGCAUGCGUCAAGGCAACCCCGCGACGCGCGUGCAUCUCCACCGACAGGGCCGGAUCGUCGUAUCCGCGGCUCGAGAUAUCGCGGCCGCCUACAAGCACCUGUGUGUCGUCUACGAUCAAGUGCGCCGGCUUCACGACAUUCGCACCGACGUGCUGCUACCCCGCCCGGCAAUGACGACGCACCCGUUCCGGAAGCUCGUCAAGGACGUCGUGCAACCCUUCCAGAACUGGCCCCGACGCGACGUCCGCGACCUGGCCAUGCACGCGCCAGCGCCACGCUGUCCGCACCCGCUGCUGUCGACAACGCGCCGGACCGUCGACGACGUCGAGACGUACCUCGCCGACCUACGCUACCUGAUGCGAGUCGCGGCGCCCGUGCACGCUGACGUCUGGUUCCGCCUCGUGUUGCGGAUGCUACCCGUCAACUCGCGCAUGUACUACUUUCAGCACCAAGAGCCCGAAGCCAUUCUCUGCCGCCAUGGCUGCGGCGUCGUGGAGAGGGUAGUACAUGCGUUCUUCAAGUGCCCGUACAUCCACCCGAUCUGGAAGUGGCACGACAAGGCAUGGCGCGCUUUUGGCGCGGCCGUCUAG